AUGGCAACAACAAAUAGAAAUCUUAAUAAUGUUUAUUCCAAUGGAUCAAUGUCCAGUAAUUUUAAAAUAAUUCACGAUUGGUUUACGUCACUUCAAGAUGAGAAAGUGCCAUCAACUUUGAACUACAAUCCAAAGCUUAAUGCUAAAAUUCAUUUAGCCAUAACUGAAGAGCCUUCGGAAUAUGUGUCACCAAUUUGUGAUCAUCUUUUUUCACUCUAUCAUAAUGUACAACAUCGGCCAUUCGUACUUCAAUUUCUUCCGUCAUUCGUCAUAGCCUAUUAUGAUGUUCUUUACGAUCAUCGUCAUCUAGAAUCAAUUGAUGAUACAACUAAGGAUGUUUGUUCAACAAUUGAUACUUUCUUUGUCAGUCUUUACAAUCUAGUAAGUGUUCCAAAUUUGGCUCUUCCAUCUAUUUAUCAUACACCGAAUCCUGACCAUUAUGCUCCCACACCGCUCACUCAAUAUACGAUAUCGAAACAUGAGCAAAAAUGUGAAGUUAUUCGUUUACAAUCUUUUUCUCCACUUGAUUCCGUCAAUGGAAAUACAAGAGAACAAAUUCUCUGGUUUCUUCUUAUUCAAUAUAGUACAAAUAUGUCUUCUAUCGAUAAAUAUUCUCGCCAAUCAUAUAUAAAAAUGUCAAAAAAAUUGCUCGGCCAAGGUUUCUCAUUUAAUGGGGAUCAAUCAUUAAAAUCGAAAUCAAUUCUACCACCAACUGGUCGUCGUAUUCAUGUAUCCAGUCGAGUUAUGUCAGAAAUAUUAGGAACAUUAUUUUAUUUUAAAUUUAAUGAAUCAGAUAAUGAAGCAGAUGAAUGUAUGCGUUUAUUAAAAUAUCGUGCAGAAUAUGAAAUGUAUCCGGAUGUUAUAUUAAUGACUGAAUCAAUGGAAUAUUUACAUGAAUUUGAAACUCAACGACCUGAACAACACGAUACAAUUGGUAUUGAAAUAGAAUUACCACCAACGAUGGACAUAGUACGACAAAAACGAACGGCAACAACAAGACGUUCAAUUAAAAAUCGUCAACGUUCAAAUAAACAAAAUGAUACAACAGUUCUGAAUGAAACUAAUAUCGAUGAUAAUAUGAAUAUUACACCAUCAUCACCAUCACAACAGCCCAAACAUAAUAUGGUUGAUGAAAAUUCUCUAAUACCUGAAUAUAAAAAUUAUUAUGAUAAUGAUAAUAAUCAAUCAUCACCAAUAAUUGAUGAAGCACGAUCAAAUAUUUCCUCAUCAAUUGGUCCAGCUACAUCAACACCAUCUCCAUCAUCAACACGGCAUUAUAAACCAGUAUCAUUAACAUCAACGCAAACUUAUUUUAAAAAUGUUCAACAACAACAACAACAACAAAGCGGUUCAUCACCGAUUUUACAACUCAAAGCUAUGAAACAUGAUAAUGAUGGUCAUAAAGAUAAAGAAUCAAUAUCAGUGUUAACAUCAUCACAUUCAUCUAGCAUGAAGCAUGGAGGAAAAAAAGAUGUUAUAACAACAGUUAGAUUUAUUGGCGGUACAUCACAUGAAAACGAAACAAAUAUUGAAGAAACAUAUCUUUAA